UUCCUCGAGAGACCUCUUCCUGCUCUGACGUAGGGACGUGGGAACGUGCUUGGGGCGAGAGAGACGGGUCGGACAAACUAUUAUGACAGUCUCUCCGGCUAUUCUGAUCAACAAAUAGCUAUUGUUUUGUCGGUUUAUGUUCGUUUCACACAAUACCAACGGUGGCAACGGGUAUUUAUAUAGUCGUCUUGUUAAGUGAAAAGUUGUGAAGUCCGGGACACUUUCACGUACGGCUCCUGCAAAAGGCGGUUUGUGGACGGGAAAAUGUUCAUGAACAAGGAAAUGUUCGUAUUCAUUGUUUUGGUGUUGUAGCCGGUUGUCUUAAAUACCCCUCUAUCACGUCCUCUGUCUCUGCGAUGGCCGAGGCUAGGAGAGCGGAUGAAGACGAGACGGAGGGUACGAGAGGGGAGAACAGGGACGCUGUGGUCCGACGCCAGCCCCGACCUACCAACUCCUCCGGAGAACGUUCAGAAAGGCACAAAGAACAAAGACUAAGCCAAGGACCUUUGUCUUCCCUCCGUGCCGCCAUUAAGAGGACAUCUACUGGGUCGACUGCCCUGGGUGAAAACAGCUCCAGAGAUCGGAGGCGUCCUGAGAUCACCAUAGUUUCUGCCGAGCCACUGGCGUCCAACACCUGGUUUCCCGGGGCUUCUGGGGGAUUUCCUCCGCCCCCUCCCCCUGCCGCUACGAUCUGGGGCUCCAGCAUCCCCCCAGUCAUCCUGCCCCCUCCCUCUUACGAUGAGGUGAUUAAAGAGAAGAGUCAGGAACAGGUGCCGCCUCCAAGCUCUUCUCCUGCCUCCCAACGCUCCGUCUCCACGACUACCAUCGCCACACAGACGGACGUCGGACCAGAAUCAUCAGCGCCGAUCCAGAGAGCCCCUGUGGCCAGAAGACCUCCGAAGCCCCCCAGACCGUCUUAUCCCUUUACGACCAAUCCGUCGCAUGCUGAUGACACGACCACAGCUGCUGUCAACUCUGUCACCCCCCUAGAAGACCCUCUAGUCAGCAAACACCUGGAGGAGACCAGGCCCGCAGGGAUUCACGGUGACCUCUUGUCCUCUGAUCCUUUCUGCCCUCUGACCUCUGUCUCUAGCAGCCAGACCGACCAAUGGGAGCAGUCCUUUUCCGUCCUGCCAUCGCAUUCUAAGGUUGCCUUGACUACGCCCUCCGACCCUCAGCCCCAUCCCCGGCCACGCCCUCGCACAAAGAACAGUCUUCGACCAAUCAAAAGAGAGGUCAAUGUUCAGACCCUGGUGAGGCUUGGUGAAACAGGAAGUGAGGUUCCAGAAAACCAGGAAGGAAAUCAGCCGGGAGGAAAGUACCUUCAGGAACUACUGGAUGCAUUCAGCUCUGAUGAUUGGGGCUUCCCUGAUUCCCAUAGCAACAACGAAGUAGAGAGCGAGUCGGGAGGAGAGGAGGGGGAAGAAGAAGAAGAGGAGGAGGAGGAGGAGGAAGAAGAAGAAGAAGAAGAAGAAGAUAUGAGCACUCUGAAGGCAAGAAUACAGGCCUUCGAGCAGCAACAGGCAGGGCACGAGCACAGUAAUCCUCCAGACAGUAACCAUGGAGACAGAGCGUUGCCCGGGGGUGGGAGGCCGGAACCCCGCCCCAGAGUUCAGCCUCCGCCUAAACCAGCCCCGCCCAUUGCCCCCAAACCACCCCUCACUGCCAAGCCCACCGGCAAAGGACUCUGGGAAGACCGAGGCAUGGCAGUGGAGGAGGUCAACAAGACUGUUGAUUCCACCACACCACCCAAAAUUUCUGACCCCUCUCCCAAACCCACCCACCCCCCUGCCUCUGUGCCAGUCCCUGCACCCCGACCCCUCCUCCCUAAAAAGCCCCCUUCUGAUCCCCAAAGACCCGAACCCCCGACGGAGAAGUCUGAGGAGACCCCCUCAGUCCCCCGUCUUCCUCCGAGACCUCCAGUGGCUCUCAGGACUAGCGCGGCAGUGGUACCCCAGGAGAGGACCCCUGUGAUCGGGCAGCCGACCCCAGCCGUUCCCCCUAAAUCCUCCACAGAGCCCCAACCCCCCAGCGACAGUAAAACUACUAACAAUACUCGACCAAGUGUUGCUCAGAAGCCCAGCACCACGUCAUCACCCCGCAGGCAGAGCGUUCCUCUGUCUGGACCGUCCGGACCUGAGAAGAGACCCUCUAAAGUCUCCACCCAGGCCACCCCAGCAGUGACUAAACCCCCGUCUGUGCCUCCAGCCCCGACUCACAGGAAAACCCCACCAGUCUCAGCAGACCUCCAGCCUACUCUUCCUCCUCGUCCUCAGGGUGGUGUUAAGUUGCUCCCCCUCCGCCCACCUCCCAUAAAGUCUGUUCCUGGACGACCCCCUCCUCCACAGGCUGUCUCCACCCCUGCCGCUGUUUCAGCCACUCAGGCCCCUCUUCCUCAGGCUGUCUCUACCCCUGCCUAUGUUUCAGCCAAUCAGGCCCCACCUCCUCAGGCUGUCUCCUCGCCCGCUACCCCUCCACCACCCAAUCAGUUGCAGGGUCAAAGAGCGACCAAGAGGGGUCCCCCUCUGCCCCCGCGACCCAAACCUGGACACCCCCUGUACAAGAACUACAUGGUGAACAGUCAGAAACCAGAUGUCCUGGUUCUGCUGGAACCGGCUGACUCCGCCCCCAAGGACUGUCUCCUAAGAGAUGAGUCGCGUCCAGUUCAGCCGCCCAAUUUGAUCGCCGUCAGCCCUUUGUCUGACCAUUCACAGCCUCCCAAAUCGAAUCCUGCCUCUGAAGACAAGGGCCCAUCAAAGCCUGUCUCUGUAACCAACAACAGCCAAUCGGUGUCCAUCUCGGAUGAAAAACGCCGUCCAACACCUCCGUCCAUCCUCCUGUCCCCCCAGCUCUGUGGAGAGAAGGUCCAACCACUCACCACAACUGUCAGUGGUCCGAGGUGUGUGGCUCGGUUCGACUACGAGGGGGAGGAGGAAGAUGAGCUGACCUUCACUGCGGGCGAUGUCAUCGCUCUGACAGAGGUUAUUAGUAAGGAUUGGGGGCGCGGCGAAAUCCACGGGCGAACAGGAAUCUUCCCCCUGACCUUCACUGAAGAUGAACCGCCGAAGUCAACGGAGACAACCGCAAAACCGGUCGAGUCCUCUGAGUCUACAGACCAGUGGUUUGUUGCUCUAUAUGACUUCCCUGGCCAGACUGCAGAGGACCUGUGUUUCCAGCAGGGGGCGCUGAUCAGAGUAACACAGUGUGUUGACGCAGACUGGUCCAGAGGAAGAACCCAGGAUGGACGAGAAGGACUAUUCCCCACCGCUUUCUGUGCAGCUCAGCCAAUGACUGGGCAGCCUUUGGCCAAGGGUGUGGCCAGGGUCCAGUUUGAUUUCACAGCUGAAAGUGAAGACGAACUGUCAUUGAAGGCUGGAGACCUGGUGAAGGACUUGGAGUCUCUGGAUGACGAGUGGUUCAUAGGGAAGGCAGGAGGGAGACGAGGCCUUGUCCCCAAAAAUUACCUGAUACUGCUCCCCGACACACACACAUGAUCUGUGGAGACACGUGUGUGAGAAAUGUUUUUGUUGUUUGUGAGAGAGAGAGAGGAGUGUGUGUGUGUGUUUUAGCACAGACCAGAAUAGUUUUUAGUCAUUUUAGCAGGUACUCUCAUUCCUUUGACCUCCCAGUAUGAUUGAGUUAAUAGACAGUCUUUCAAACCCUGUAAUUUGCAUCUCAAAUACUUUCUGAACUCUUUUAAAUUAGUAGAAUGCCAUUGGGGGGGGGGGGGGGGUGGGUUCUUGUUUAACCCGGUUCCUGCCAGAGCCAUCAGUAACUGGACCUUGAGAACCUGGAGAGACUCUUCUCACAUUGUGUUAGGUUUCCGAUUUCGAUUCACGGCGAUGAUGGGUUUCAGUGAAUCCCUGACUUAUGCCUGUACUACAUCUGAUAGCAGGUUGUAGGCCUGGCUGCUCUUAAAGGCAUUUUCCGGUUGAGGCAACAUAAUACCCAUUACUGUGAAUGACAGGUCCGCUGGCAUUGCCUUUAAGCUGUAGUGCCUUUAUCUCUCUCUCUGGGUCUGAAUCCAGGCCUUAGUCUCUCAUUGUCUGUUAAUGCAUGACUUUAACAUUUUAGGAAGUUAAACAUCUAUGUGUAUCUUCUGUGUGAUCUUACCGUUAUCAUGGGACAUUCCGGACAAAAAUGUAAUCCAAAUAAAAGGACAUGUUGAAAUGCAA